AUGGCAAGUGAAAAUGAGAACAAAGAAAUAACAAGUGAAAAUGAUAAUGAAGAAAAUAUUGACAGGGAGAUUUGUGAAACCCGUGUCGAGGGAGUUGGAGAAAUGGGGGAUGAUUAUGGUGAUGGAGAAAAGAGAAUGAGGCGACCUCCUGUUUGUGGCGAAGGUUUGUUCGACGAUGAAGCUCACUUCACUUUAAUGGUGUCAAUUGAUCCAUUGUGUUUUGAGGAAGCUGUGAAGAGUAAAAAUUGGAAAUUGGCCAUGGAUAAUGAAAUCAAAUCCAUUGAAAAGAACCUUAAUGGACACUAA